AUGAACCGUAACCCCAUUUCCCUCACCCGCGCCACGCUACGCAACUCCAACAGAAUCAUCGGCAAGCGCACACCAAUCCAACACCGGCUGCUCUCUACCUACGCCGCGCGCCUCAACGCCCAAAAUGGUAGUCAGAAGCAAGCCGACGGUAGCAAAAACAACAACAGUGACAUUGAGAUGCCGAGCUUCAGCCUUAAUAGCCUUGGCCUUAGCAAAAACAUGAAAAUUCUUGUCCUGGGAAUCAUCUCUAUUUUCGGCACAAUUGAGACUUGGUUCUGGUGUAAGGCUAUCUGGCGUUGGUGGAAGGGCUCUGAAACAGAAGCCGCCGCCGCUGAAUAA